AUGGCAGUUCCAGUGUUCUCAGACGUUGGUUCUCACUCCCAUAUACCCUCGGCGACAGACAUAAACCCGAAGCUCUCGCAGGAGGUCCGUCUCUACGAGAAUUCACGGGAGAGGGAGGAAAUCGACAACCGCGCCAACGUGUUCGCGCUCAUCAACACCAUCCAAGCUCUGGAGAAGGCCUACCUCAAGGACGCGGUGAACCCCUCCGAGUACGCCAGUCAGUGCAGCAUCCUGCUCGCCCAGUACACGGCGGCAUUCAAACUGGUGAGAGAAAAGUUCCCCAAAGUGGAGGAUUUUAUGACGCGCUAUCUACUGGACUGCCCGGCCGCGCUGGAACGGAUAAAGGAAGGGCGCCCGCUGACGGUUCAGGACGACGGUGGAAACGUCCAGAAACUUAUAGCAGAGAUUGUCUCUCUGUUUAUUACCAUCAUGGACCGACUCCGCCUUGAAAUAAAGGCAAUGGACGAACUACACCCGGACGUAAAGGAGCUCUACGAGAUAAUGUCCAAAAUGAGCUCUCUCCCGCGAGAUUUCGAGGGACGGACAAAGGUGAGGAAGUGGCUGGACAACUUGAAUGCAAUGUCAGCAAGUGACGAACUUUCUGAAGACCAAGUCCGACAGAUGCUGUUUGACCUCGAGAGUGCAUACAAUGACUUCAACCGCUUCCUUGCUCAUUAA